UGUGUGUGUUAAUGCAGAAUGCAGCAGCAGCAGUAGAAUCAGGGUCAGUGAUUCUCAGCUCAAAGUCGAACCAACAAUGUUUAGAUUAACAUUGAAUAUCAUCAUCACCAUAGUGGUGCUCAGUCCAGUUCAAGUGGUGUGAUGACAGAGGACAAUCAGAUGUUUCUGUACUUUGCAUAUGGCAGUAAUCUGCUGAAAGAAAGACUGCAACUAAGGAAUCCUUCAGCCACACUGCAGUGUGUAGCCAAGCUUCAGAACUACAAGCUGGUGUUUGGGAAUCCUAACGGAGUAUUCAGUGAGCGCUGGCAUGGUGGCGUCGCCUCAAUUGAGCCGAAUGCAAAAGGCACUGUGUGGGGCGUGGUAUGGAGAAUGAACACUGCUGAUCUGGCCAGCUUAAACAGGCAGGAAGGUGUAAACUCGGGUGUGUAUUCUCCUGUGAUGAUCAACUUGCUGUGUGGGGAUCGCACACUCACCUGUCGUACCUACAUCAUGGUCAAUCGUGUUCAGGCGCCACCGUCUCCACACUACCUGAAGGUGAUAAUGAUGGGAGCUGAGCAGAAUAAAUUACCCACAUCUUAUCAAAAUAAACUUAAAUCCAUCAAAACGAACAAGUACGAUGGGCCACUUCCUGUGAUGGAUGAGAUCCAUGCUGCACUCAAGAAGUCCAAAAAAGAGUCAACAUGAAGCUUCAAAAAAGCCAUUUAAUCACCCAGUAACUGUACUACAGGACUAAUCUACAUAUUCAAAUACUUUUAUUAGUUAUUAAGUCAAAUGUGUUGUAUAACGUUUGAACUUAUUAUUUCACAUCUGUACCUUGCAAUGAAAUAAAAUCAGGAAAAUUUCA